AUGGCUCCGCCACCUGCGGUGCCGGAAGCGGACCACCAGGACGACGACGACGACAUCCCGGAAGGGACCGGGGUAGACCUGAGAGUGGCGGUACGUAGGCUCAAGGCCAGGAAUACCGCCCCAGGACCCGAUGGCUUGCCUGGCAAAGCCUGGGUCCUGGCCUCGGAGGCUCUCGGGCCCCGACUGGAGGGGCUCCUAAGCGCAUGCUUGGAGAGAGGCCAAUUCCCGCUUCGUUGGAAGACGGGGAAGCUGGUCCUCAUUCGGAAGCCGGGGCGCCCUGCGGACUCUCCGUCCGCAUACCGGCCCGUGGUGCUGCUCGACGAGGUGGGCAAGCUCUUUGAAAGAGUCAUUGCAAACCGCCUCGCCGAGCACCUUGCGGGGACGGGGCCGGAUCUUGCGGAACACCAGUUUGGUUUCCGCAAGAGGCGCUCUACGGUGGACGCCAUCAUGCGCGUAAGAGCCCUCACGACGGGGGAUGCAGUGGCCAGGGGGGGGGGGAGGGUUGUUUCGCCUUCAACUCCAUGCCCUGGAGCUGCAUUAGGGAGGCACUCCGGUAUCACCGGGUGCCGACCUAUCUCCGUCGUAUAG